UAUUUUAUAUUUUGCUUGGUGAUUGCUCUCAGGUGACUGCACAAGAUGUAUCAACAAUGCUGCGAUGUGGGCAGAAGACUAUCAUCUUCCUGAUUAACAAUGGUGGUUAUACCAUUGAAGUUGAGAUUCAUGAUGGACCUUACAAUGUGAUAAAGAACUGGAACUACACUGGAUUGGUUGAUGCAAUCCACAAUGGCGAGGGCAAGUGCUGGACAAAAAAGGUCCGCUGUGAGGAGGAGUUGAUUGAAGCAAUAAAGGAGGCAACUGGACCAAAGAAGGAUUGCUUGUGCUUCAUUGAGAUAAUUGUUCACAGGGAUGAUACCAGCAAAGAGUUGUUGGAAUGGGGUUCCAGGGUCUCGGCCGCCAACAGCCGCCCACCAAACCCGCAGUAGAAUUGUGCUUGUAUAGCCAAGUGAAUACUAUUACCCACCAGUCCUAAUUAGUUGAGUGGUACCUUAUGUGUUACUUGAGUUUUAGUUUCGUGAACGGUUUACUUCAUUUGCCAGGUGCUGUUGUUUUUGCGGGUAUAUUUCUUUUUAAUCAAAGUACUGAAUCAUUUGUUCUUCAUU